UUAUAGUCCGAAUACCAUCAAUGUCCGACGCCAAUAAUAUAGCUUAAAGCUCGAAACACACAAAGACGAUGACAGAAAGUUGUGAUAUGAUGAAAACCUUGAUAGAAGCCAUCCAUUCCACUCCCACCCAAGCUGUUCUCUACAUCGCCGGCGGUGCAUCGCAUACAGUUGGAUGGUUAACCUCCAUUCCUGGAGCUUCUAACACUGUUCUCGAAGCUGUAAUUCCUUACUCUAGAAUGUCCAUGAUCCAAUUAUUGGGCAAGAUACCAUCCCAAUUUGCAGAUAUGCGAACUGCGGAAGAAUUGGCUCUUGUCGCGUAUAAUCGAGCCUUGAAAAUAUGUAAACCAGGUUGUCCGGUUCUUGGUGUGGGUUUCACUGGCUCUUUGGCAACGACACGACCGAAGCAGGGGGAUCACAGGUUUCAUAUGUGCACCAGAACAUCCAACCGACUUUCGCUUUCUACUGUCACCUUGUCGAAGGGACUUCGCACUCGAGAAGACGAGGAAAUUAUUUCAAGUCAGUUUUUGCUCAAGGCAAUUGCUUCUGCAAGCAAAGCUCCUGCAGACUUCACUACAGAGUUGAAUGAAUUUGAUGUGUGUACUGAAACUGAAAGUUUGUUCAAGGAAGAUGAGGAGUUGGAGCAGCUUUUGAGUGGGAAAAUAUGUUUCAAGGUUUAUAAUUUUACAAGUGAGAGACAGGCUUUGAGUGCAGAAAGAAAGAUAGUACUUCCUGGCUCAUUCAAUCCUCUACAUGAAGGUCAUCUCCAGCUCAUGGAUGUCGCGAGCAGCCUUUUGGGUGAUGGAUAUCCUUGCUUUGAGCUUUCUGCAGUCAAUGCUGAUAAACCACCACUAACAGUAUCUCAGAUCAAGGAGCGUGUUAAGCAAUUUGAGAUGGCCGGUAAAACGAUAAUAGUAUCAAACCAGCCUUAUUUCUAUAAAAAGGCAGAACUUUUCCCAGGGAGUGCUUUUGUUGUUGGCGCGGAUACUGUGGUCAGGCUUAUUGAUCCAAAGUACUAUGAUGGAAGUUAUGACAGGAUGAUAGACGUACUUUGUCAAUGCAAGAGUACUGGGUGCAUAUUCAUCGUUGGUGGCCGAAAUGUGGAUGGUGUUUUCAAGGUUCUUGAAGAUAUCAAUGUUCCUGAUGUACUCAAAGACAUGUUCAUCCCAAUACCAUCAGAUAAGUUCCGGAUGGACAUAUCUUCAACAGAGCUUAGGAGAAGACUCAGAGCUUAGGUAAACAGAAUAAUGUUAGAGUCGUGGACGAUUGGCAUUUGUACAUGAUGUAGAUAAAUUUGGAUUUCCAAAGCGAAAAUUUCCCAUCAUAUAGGGAUCUAGUUGUACACUAAAUUUUCUUAAGACGAACACAACAUAAAUCAGUCUGCACCCUCUUUGUUUUUGGAACAUUAAGGCUGUGUUAGGUCUAAUGUAAAACACUUUGAACUAUAUAUUAUUUUCAGCGGAACGUAUAUUUGAA